AUGAUAGACCCUUCAGACGUGGGUAGAAGCGGUUUCCUCAGGAAGACUUUGGCUGAUGUCAAGGUGCCGCCAGAUGCAGUGAAUCUGCGGCUUGGUGUGCGAAUCCAAAGAUUGGAGCUCCUCCGCUGCAGUUACGACUUCGGACGAAGCAUUGGAAAUCAAUACUGGGUGAUCCCAUGCACUGUACUGGUCAAAGCGGUUCAUCACGUACCAUGGGUGGACAGCAUGCGCUUUUCACAGCAGUUCGAAUGUGGCAUGACACUCCGUGCCACAGUGAUUGACGACAUGCACAAACUCGGGGAGUUCCGGCAGCAAGUGGUGAAGAACGUCUUCGUGCAGCCUGGUGCCGAAACAUGUGAGCUGAAGGUGCGGGCAGACUUACACCAGUGGAGGCCGGGUGCGGCACGUAUUUCGCAUGCCGAGGCUCCGACAGCCUCCUUCAUCGCUUUGCUACCUUCGGCAGGCAAAGUGCACCAGCUCUAUUCCUUGCUUCUUCGCCUCCCAGCCUGA